AUGAUAAUAACGAGCUCAUUGAUGAAGCGAAUAUCCGCCGUACGAGGAGUUUCUUAUAAUGUGCUUUCUAGAAUUGGCUCGCAAAGGGCGUUUGCAAUGUCGGGAAGAAUUCAUAACAAUACACUCAUAUACAAUUUGAACAAUUACAAAAGCUCAUUCCCGAAUGAUACUAUAAUAAACAAUGAAAUUACAGAGUUUGUUAGAUUACAAAGAAAUAGAAUAGAUACGCAAUGUUUGAAAAUAGGAGUCAUCUACGAUAAUGAACGAGCAAGAACAAAUUCAAAGAUCAUCGAGGUAUUGAUGGCUGACCCAUUGGCAUCUAAUUGUGAUAAAUGGUUAAGCGAAAUUUCUACUAGAGUAUCCAAUGGUGAGUAUAAUUACAAUGACGAAGUUGUUAUUAAUAAAGAAGGUGGUCAAUAUGGAAUUCCUUCACCGAUACUAUCGGCCAAUUAUCGAAAUACCUUUGGUGCUAAUAUGGACAGCCCAACUAAUUUGAUUAUCAAAGAAAUAAGUGAUGUUACAGAGGUUGAAGAAUAUGCUUUUCUAAUCAGCGUUUCCAAUAGUUUAGGUAAUCCAGACUACCCUUCCACUAUUCGAAACAAAAUCUUACUUAAUGUUAUUGAUAAUCAAGAAUUCACUCCUCUGAGUACGGAAUCCACUCCAGUCAGUUUCAAGAAUGAAGCUUCAAAUCAUAUUAUUAAAAUCAAUACCCAACUUGCAUUUGAAGGCAUUAGUGCAAUGGUAAAUAAUGGCGCUGCAUCCUCGGAUAUAUUUAUUGAUAAUAUGGCCAAGAGUAACAUUUAUGAGUUGUACAAAGCCAUCAACUGGUUCACACAGGUACCGGUGAUAAGUUCAUGGUUAUUGAAUAAUAUCAAAGAGAAUAUCAAACAAAAGAUUCAACAUACAGCAUCUCCCGAAGAGACAAAUGAGAUUUCCAAUAUAGAAAUAUCACGAUUCAUUGAUUCUGUGAAUAAAGAAUUACAGGACGACUUUGAACCAAAGACAGUCAAUUUUUUCCGCAAGAAUCUUUCAUGGUGGAAAUUGUAUUACAAGAAUGACAAUGUCGAGUAUGAAAUAAAAGACUUCUUUUUAAACAAUUUUAUGAACAAAAGCAUUGCAAGUUUUAACUUCUUAAGUGGGAAAAUCAACCCUGCUGAUUCAGACAUCUCCGUUGAGAAUCCAUUGUUUUCCUUAAAGAAAGAAGUUAUCAACAAGAAGAUCUCAGAAGAGGUUCAACCUAAAGUUUACAGGGCUCUAGGCGAAGGAUUUUUAUAUUAUCAAUUGCCAAUCUCAUUGCUUUCAUUUUUUGGGUUCCAAUACUUGGGGUACGCAGCCAAUGAUUGUAUAGCAUUAGCAACACUUGGUUUGGUACUUGGAUUCAACCAAGUUUCAAAAAUAUGGACCAGUUAUACACAAUUAUGGCUCAACAACCUAUUUGAAGAAGUCCGUAUCUGUAUUGGUAAGCAGUGCGUUGAAGAAGGAUUACUUAAAGAAUCAAACAUUCAAUUAGAGAAAGACUUGCGUUGUACCCAGUUGAGACAAGAGAUCUUUAACGAACUUGACAAAUAA